UAAUAUAAUUCGCUCUCCUCUCCGUGCUCUCUUCUUACAAUAUCACAGAACAACAAAUUCAAAAGAUAACAAUAGUUAACAUUGCUUAAAAUUUCCUCUUGAUUCUUUAAUUAUUUUUUUAUGUGAAAAAUUCAAAUAUUUCGGGCCCAGUAUCCUUCAAGCAUCCAGCACUAGCUAAUUCACCAUGGUGGGGAGCGACAAAAACCUCCGGAGACCUAUGCAGUCAGUUCUGUGUAAUCUACGAGAUAACGUGGAUAUUAACGUGACGUUUCUUCCUUUCCUUUUAGACCUUCGUCUAAUUGGUUAUAUUACGCAAGAGCACUUAGUCGCACUGAAAAUCGAUCAGUUGUACCAUCGGCAAGCAAGACAAACUGAUGUGCUCACGUCGCCAUGUCGACCAAAGAAGGAACCGAUAUAACAGAUAUGAGAAUUAAAUACAAAAAUAAGAGCGAAAUCUUUACGGAAGAUCAGCUGGUGAGCAAGGAGCCGAUCACGCAGUUCAAAGCAUGGUUCGAGGACGCCUGUAAUAAUUCGCAGAUUGAAGAGCCUAACGCGAUGAUGGUUGGAACGGCGACAAAAGACGGUGCUCCGUCCGUGCGCGCGGUCUUGUUAAAGAAGUUCAGCACCGAAGGUUUCACGUUCUACACGAAUUAUGAAAGCAGGAAAGGCCGCGAAAUAGCUGAAAAUCCACGCGUCGCACUCACUUUCUACUGGGAGACUCUUCGACGAAGCAUACGUAUCGAAGGAAUCGCGGAGAAAACAUCGGCGGAAGACUCGGAUCGUUAUUUUCAAAGCCGGCCGUAUGGGAGUCAGAUCGCCGCCGCUGUCAGCAAACAAAGCAGAGUGAUAGCUGGCAGAGAUGCUUUCAUUGAGAAAGAGAGGGAAGUUCUCGAGCGUUCUUCUUACGUUGAAAGACCGGAUCACUGGGGUGGUUAUCUCGUCGUGCCGCAUACCGUGGAAUUCUGGCAAGGUCAGAGCGAUCGUCUUCACGACAGAAUACGUUUCAGGCGUCCGAAAGAGAACGAGGAGAUCGACAAUAUUCUCGUACAUGGAGGGGAGGACGGAUGGGUUUACGAAAGACUGCAACCAUAAAAAAAAGUUACGUAUUAUCGUCAAAAAAGAAUAAUAAGAAGAAUAAUGAAUGAGGAGAAUGAAAAAGAUAAACAAAUGUGUUGCCCUCGCAAUUAAUUACUGCAACAUUCCAAAUAAAUACCUGUUCCACGAAGACAAUAAUAUAUAUUAGAAAAAUAAUGUAGUUGUAUAACGUCAAGGCAAAAAUCUUGUCUUGUAUAACAAGGAGUUGCAGACUCUUUAAUGUGUCCUCCUUGUAAGUUUCAGUAUUUCACGAUUCACACCUGAAACGUACGCAUAAUUGUUAUUACGUUGAACAAAUGAGUAAAAAAUAUAUCUGUGAUCAUCAUUAA